AUGUAUGGAAAGUUACCUAAGCAACUUCUUCAUUUGAUAAAGACAUCAAAAUAUGUGCACAUUGCAACCUGUGGCAACGAUUGUGCCCCUUCAGUAUCCCUUAUGAACUAUAUUUAUGUUCCGAAUGAUCAGACCUUCCAAACGAGGGACAAGCAUGAUUAUAUCAUAUUUGCAACUUCUAAAGAUACUGAGAAAUUCAUGAACAUUCUAACAAACCCAACAGUAGCAUUGUUGUUUCAUGAUUGGGUUGCAGCAAAUAAUUUAUCUGUACGAAAGCACAGCAUCAAUGAAUAUUCUAAUGGAACCACAAAUAAUGAAAAGUUGGAAAAUUUUCUUGACGAACUGGAUGAUUCUGAGUUAAACCAAAUAAGUGCAACAAUUAAAGGUGAAGCAGAAUUUAUAAAUCCAUUAGGACCGGAAUCAAAAUAUUAUAAGACGAUGUUAUUGAGAGCCAACCCUGAUGCAGAUGUUUUUAUUAACGUAGAGAAUACUAUUCUAGUAAAAGUUAAAAUGGUCAGUGCGAAAAUUACAGAUAGUGAUAGUAAUACUGUAACAUAUGAUAAUAUGGGUAGAGUAAAGUAG